CGCACAACAAACGUCAGCUCAGCUGCAUGUUCUCCACUCGAUGCACGGAAAUUAGAAUACAAUUCAGAUAUGAUUCGCGUUUGAGGCGGACGGGUAAUGUGGCACGGUUGUGUGGGCUAAAGCGUUGGACGUAAAGCAGAAACAAAAAUCAAAAGAAAAAAGUGAAAUACAAAGAAUUUUCCUGCACUUUUUCACAGGGAGCUUGCCAACAAGGCAUGUGGAAAUUUGUGCAAAACAAAAUUUAAAGAUAAUGUGAUGAUUUGGAAAUGAAAUUUCUAUUGAAAGCUUUAUCGAAUUGGUAAAAGUGCGCUCCGCAGUGUGGCAUUUCAGUGCUGAGGUCGUUGCUACGUUCGAUUCGUACGCAGACCUCCCUUCAGGCAGCUCCGUUUAGGCGAGCAACGCGCAAAAAACACGUCUACAGCUAAAAAUAGCAGACCAAAAAAAUUCCUUGUUGUUAAAAAUAUUUCGCUCGACGUAGUCGCAGUCGAAACAAGUGAAGUAGUGCUGUGAAUUGAGAUCUCGCACGAGAGUAAAUAAAUAGCGUACGCAACGUUCGCAUUGCAAUUGUGCACAGAAUACUACGAAGUGUGUGGAUAAAAUACAUAUGUACCGUUAUAUGCAUAUAUAAGUACAUGACAGCACAGUAGUGAAAUCAAAGGCACAAAUUUCAUAAUUUCACCUCUGCCUUCGCCUGCGCCUUCGGUGGUGGCUGUGCAAGAAAGCAAGCGAGCGAGCAAGGUGGCCAAAAAUCCAAAGUGACGGUUGUGCAAUUCGGCAGAGGGGUGUAGCAACAAACGCCCAUACACACGUACAAACAUAAUACCCAAAUUGUGCAAGAAAGAACAAAUACCAGUCGGUAUAUUAAAAGUUUGUUGUUGUGAAGUGUUGUUUGUAAGAUCGGCAAAGCAAAAUAAAAUCUUUGGCUCGACAACACACGGAAACCUUGUAAUUGCAGAUUUAUGUGCCACAGGCGUACAAACCUACACACAAUCGGCAAAGGGCGCAUAUAUCCACAUACAUACAGACGCGUACAUAAAUAGUGCAUACAUACAAAUAUAUAUGUAUGUAUGUAUAUGUGUUGCUUCAUAAAUCUCAGCCGUGUGUGUUUCAUGAAAUUUUAAUUCCGUGUGUAAUGAAUUGUGUGUGAUUUGUAGUGCCGUAGAAAAAAGUAAGAAAGAGGCGAAGUCAACUAUCGCAGCCGCACGAAGAGACCCCCUUCUGCAUUUCUCCUGCUGAGUGCAUGUCAGAAAAAAUCGCUUGCUGAACUAAGAGGAUGACAGCUGAAGUUAUGGCUACAGAUACAAAUUGGGAUCCCGCACUAUCGAAACUCAUAACAUCACUGAAGGAGGCGGAAAAUCUCUCCAAUGACCAGGAAAUCGACUUCCUUAAAGCCUUGCUCGAAUCAAAGGAACUCAAUGCGCUUGUCAAUGUACACACGAAAGUGGCCAAAGUGGGUCGAGACGACCGACUGGCGCCAGUGCUCUCCACUUCCGGACAGAUACUGUACGAAGUGCUGGAGCAGUUAUCGCAACGCUGCCACCUGAACGAGGAAUGCAAAGAGGCCUUUCAUUUGUUGCAAGAACCGCAUUUACAAAGCCUUUUAUAUGCACACGAUGCCAUUGCGCAGAAGGACUUCUAUCCGCAUCUGCCGGAAGUACCCAUCGAAAUGGAUGAGGAUGAGGAAACAAUUAAAAUCGUCCAGCUGGUGAAGAGCAAUGAGCCGUUGUCAGGAGCACAAAGUGCGGAACCGAUUGUUGGCGCAACGAUAAAAACGGACGAGGAGACGGGAAAGAUAAUUAUUGCGCGCAUUAUGCACGGCGGUGCCGCCGAUCGCUCCGGACUGAUACAUGUGGGCGAUGAGGUGAUCGAGGUGAACGGCAUAAAUGUGGAGGGGAAAACGCCCGGAGACGUGCUAAGUAUUUUGCAAAACUCUGAGGGCACGAUCACCUUCAAAUUGGUGCCAUCGGAUGGCAAGGGCGGCCAGCGUGAGUCCAAGGUGCGCGUACGUGCGCACUUCGACUACAAUCCCGAAACAGAUCCCUACAUACCCUGCAAAGAGGCGGGACUGGCAUUUCAACGAGGCGAUAUUUUGCAUAUUGUAUCACAGGACGACGCCUAUUGGUGGCAGGCACGCAAAGAAUCGGAACGCACUGCCCGCGCUGGGCUGAUACCCAGUCGUGCGCUGCAAGAGCGGCGCAUUAUACACGAACGUUCGCAAAUGGAGACGAAUGAUGCCGAUUCAAAGAAGGGCUCUUGCGCUUCCAUAUGCACCACCCCGCCCGGUACACCCAUCUUGCAUUCUAGCAGUAGCACUUCCUCAUGCCGUCAGCCCAAAACUAAAAAGAUUAUGUACGAUUUGACAGAGAACGACGACUUUGAUCGUGAAAUGAUCGCCACCUAUGAAGAGGUUGCCAAAUUAUAUCCACGUCCGGGCGUCUACCGUCCAGUUGUGCUGAUCGGCGCACCAGGCGUGGGUCGCAAUGAGCUGAGGCGUCGCCUGGUAGCGCGCGACCCCGAAAAGUUUCGCAGUCCAGUGCCAUACACCACACGUCCAAUACGCACCGGUGAGGUGGCAGGACGUGAAUACAUAUUUGUGGCACGUGACAAAAUGGAAGCCGAUAUCGCUGCUGGCAAAUUUAUCGAACACGGUGAAUAUAAGGGUCAUUUGUAUGGCACUUCCGGCGAGAGUGUCAAAUCCAUUGUCAACGCCGGCUGUGUUUGCGUGCUGAGUCCACAUUAUCAAGCGAUUAAGGCGCUGCGCACGGUACAAACGAAACCGUUUAUAAUCCAUAUAAAGCCACCAGAAUUUGAUGUUUUGAAAAAAUCACGCACGGAGUCGAGAGCCAAGUCGACUUUCGAUGAGAGUAAUGCUCGUGGUUUUACGGACGACGAAUUCAACGAUAUGCUUAAAUCAGCCGAACGCAUCGAUUUCCUUUAUGGUCACUUCUUCGACGAAGUCAUCAUGAACGACGAUCUGCUAACGGCUUUCGAGCAGCUGAUGAACGUAGUGCAACGCUUGGAGAAUGAACCGCUGUGGGCGCCCGCCGCCUGGGUGCAAUAAAAUGGCUGAACUGACCGUGGGAACAGAAGGAACAACCAGAAAAAGACAAACACUGCUGAUGAAUAUGCUAAAAACAAAUGCCAAAAACCAAUAACACAAAUAUAAUGAACACAUAGAUACAUACAUAUAUAUACAAUAAUACAUGCAUACAUGAAUACAUACAGGUUUGCAUACAUAGAUGCAUAUAUGCAUACAUACACAUGCAUUAAAUACCUAAUUCUAAUUUUUAAAGAAAAACUAAAAACUGUUUAAUGAAUUUGACAUAAAAACACCAAAAUAUAUGUAGGAAAAAAACAUUUUUGAAUAGUUUCCGAAUAUUUUGAAUUUUUUUUAAGCGUAGACAAAAAUUUAUGAAACAAAAGCGGAAGUAAGGAUUUCCAGUUGGCGUAGCAUGUUUCCAAAAACCCUCUCAAAGAAAUGUAAGUAACUGAUGAAUGCAAUAAAGAUGUAGAAUAUGCGUAACUCAUACUUAUAUAAAUAUAUGUAUAUACAUAUAUACAUAAACUCCACACACACAAAGUAAAUUGUAUAUUCCAAACUGAAAUUACUCAUGUACAAUAUUUUGAAAAAAAAAACAACUUCUCCGUGUCUGUACACAAUAAAAACAUAAUUUCAGUGUUGCCAAGUGCAUUAAAAAUCAUGUGUAUGUAAAGUAAUUAAAUUAAAGAAAAACAUUGUGCAAACAUCCUACAAAAUAAUACUACCGAUUUUGAAGUUAUCGCUGAAUUUUCGUCAAUGUAGUUAAUGAAAUUCUAAAUAUAAAAAUAUAAGUAAAAUAAUUCUGUUUUGCAAAAAAAAAAUAAAUAUAUAUACAUAUAUAAAAAUUAAAUAAAUUGUAUCACAAAUGCAUAAAAAACUAUAAAAUUUUAAACAAAAAUAUUUUCCUUAAAUUUGGUUUUAAUUUUAGUUCGCAUUUUCUACUUUGAAAUUCAACUAGCGCAAGUAAAUCAGACUUUCAAACAGCAAAUGUCUUUAAUGUCAUAACAUUUGCUGUCAAAAUAUAUUUGUUAGUUAAAAAAUUUUCUUCACCGCUAAAAUGCAAACAUACAUACAUAUAUAAUUCGUAGUAGUUAUAUUUGAAACUGCCUAAAAAAUUAUUAUAUUUUUAAUAUCUAAAAAAAUAAUCUUUAGUGCUUUCUCCGACCACUAUGUUGUAUAACUUUUUUAUAGGACUUGUUGUUCUCCCGGGAAUUUUUAAGUAAUGCUAUCGCUGUAAUUUUGAAAAAAUACAUAUAUUUAAAGCAAAAAUUAUCAUUUUCAUGUUAUGCUAUUCAUAUUGUAUGUCUAUGUCCUAAGCCAUUAUGUUAACCUUUACAAGCUUGCCUGAGUGCAGACGACCUUCCCAGCAUCGAUAAUUUCCAUAACCCUUCCCACUUAUUACAACAAUAAUUGUUUAUGUAUUUUUAUCUGCUAAUAUAACAUAAUUUUAAAUUUAUUUUUAAAUGUAAUUAUUUUAAAUUAUUCACAUCUUAAAUUAAAAAAAAUUAAGAUAUAUUACUGUAGUAGUGUUUCUAAGAUAUGAAAGCCAAAAAAAAAACUGUUUUCCAAUGAAAUAUGUGAAUACAUAUUAAAAAAUUUAUGCAAUUCAAAAUACAUAUGUAUAUCUCAAAAAUGGAUUUAAAACCUCAUCUAUCAGAGCUUUUUAUUAAUAGUUCUGGCUCUUUCAGACAAAAUUUCGAAACAUCGCAUUCGGCUAAACUAAAUGGUUUCAUCGCGUCGGGAUGCAAAAUCUUCGCAGUAAUCUUUUCUUGUAAGGAGUGCUUUUUAGGCGCGUAGUUUUCACGCGCUGUUGUUUUCAAGAAAUUACGGCGAAGACGCAUCACUCUUCACCAUGACACUAUACAUCGACGGAAACAACAGCACUUUUGAGUUCUCAAAACAUUGAUAUGAUGAUUUUGAAUAACUUCUUUUUAAAGAUAAACUCGACGUCUGAAGAAGAGGUUGAUGCUGGUAUGUUUUUGAUAGACCCAUUUCAACGGAAUUUUCCAUUCAGCGUGUGGUAGCAUAGCCAACUCCAUUAUUUCAACGUACAAUUUGGCAUCCAUGUUUUCUUUAAUCCAAAAUAACUAACCUAUACCACAGUUAGGGAAGCACUCCCAUACAUUGAUUUUGACAACUCCACGUUUUACCGUCCGGGAAACAUAUUUAGAAUCAAAUGAAGCGUUUAUUGGUCUUCGUACAUACUGUCGGCGUCCUCGGGAACCAAAUAAAACAAUUUUGUUUCAUCGGACCAAAAUAUGUUGCGCCAUUUUUCGACUGACCACUGUUAUUAUUCACAAACCAGUGAUAUAAUGAUUUUGAAUAACCUCUUUUUACCAUACCUAAAAGAUAAUCUCGACGCCUGAAAAAGCGGUUGAUGCAUUCAUAACCCAUGUUUUGCACAUACCUCAAUCAGAGUGGCAAAAACGCAUACAAAAGUGUUUGGAUCUUAAUGGGAAAUAUUUUGAAUAACAAUAAAGCAUGACUAAAGUUUUUUUUUCGUUCUCUAAUCUCAAAUAAUAAUAAUAAAAAAUACGAUCUUUCUGGCCGCGCUUUGCGCUCAGGACGCAAGAAAAUGUGCUCACCUAAAAUUUUCUUCAAUAAAUUGAUUGUUUCGUUGGCUGUAUCGUAUAUAGCACCGUGUUCUUGGAAUCAAAGGUCGUCAGUCAAAAUCAUUAACCAUGGCUCUAUAGCAUUCUCCAUUGGCUGUAACAUUAUGACUUCAUUUUUGAAAUAUGACGAGUGAUUCCCGCUAUGUUCCCACGACAGUGAUUUCCCUGCCCGGACAGCACACAAAAAGUGGCUUUUUGAGAAUGUAACGGGUUCCCAACAAUGGCUUGUGGAUUAUCAAAACACACCAAUUUUCUUUGGUACCGUACCCAUUCAACCUAAAGUGAGCUUAACAGCUGAGCAAAAUUUUCUUGUCAACGUCGCGAUCGAUGGCCAUCUCGUUUUGGCCCGAUUAACCGAAUGUGCGAAACGUGCGUUUGAUAGCGGAUAAACUCAUUCGGGUCGAUACUCUGCGUCUUCGGGGCGCAUUGUACUUCAUCUCUGAGUGUGCGCAUUAUCUACUAAAGUAAAUGUGGUGCAAAACGGAGCCAUGGUUGCUCGAAUUAUCGACUCUGCUGGGCGAUUAUCUCCUAUGUACUAUAUAUUCGACACGACGUUUGAUAUUCCGCGCGAACCGCUGUAGAUCUCUUCAUUAUAAAAUGUUAAUUGUUAUCUCAUUGAAUACCACACGUCUAAAAAAACAUGACUUUGGCCCAAAAUCAAUUCGUGAUUUCUGUCGACACGAGCGAAGUUAAUUUGUUUCUAUUUUU